AGUCUUUCUUUUCUUUUCUUUUCUUUUCUAUUCUUCUCUUUCUUUCUUUCUUUCUGGUUCAUUGAGAUUAAAGCUAUAAUGGGGUUUUGUUCAAGUUUAGGAACAAGCCACAAAGCGAUGGAAGUGUUUUGUAUGAAGAGCAAAGAGAGUACGAUUAUUAGUCAAAAAAAGGUUGCUGUUGAGACCAAGAAGAUCAAAGGAACGGUUGUGUUGAUGAAGAAGAAUGUUUUGGAUUUUAAUGAUAUUAAGGCUUCUUUGCUUGAUAGAAUCCAUGAGCUCUUCGGCAAAGUUGUUUCCAUGCAGAUUAUCAGCUCUGUUCUACCUGAUCCAGAGAAUGGUUUUAGAGGAAAGCUUGGGAAGGUAGCAUACUUGGAGAAAUGGAUCUCAACGAUCUCUCCGACGGCGGCAAGAGAAACUCAAUUCACCGUUACAUUCGAAUGGGGCGAAACCAUGGGCCUUCCAGGGGCUUUCAUCAUAAAAAACCAUCAUCAUAGCCAGUUCUUCCUCAAGACAGUAACUUUGGAAGAUGUUCCAGGACAUGGCAGGGUACAUUUUGUGUGCAAUUCCUGGGUUUACCCCACACACCGUUACAAGUACAAUCGCGUUUUCUUCUCAAGCAAGACCUACUUGCCAUGUCAAACACCCGAUCUUUUACGCUACUACCGAGAGGAAGAACUGAAGAAUCUGAGAGGAAACGGUACCGGUGAGCUCAAGGAAUGGGACAGAGUUUAUGACUAUGCUUACUACAAUGAUUUGGGAAGCCCUGACAAGGGUCCAGACUAUGCACGCCCUGUUCUUGGUGGAACACAAGAGUAUCCUUAUCCUCGAAGGGGAAGAACCGGUCGAAAACCGACUAAAACUGAUCCCAACAGUGAGAAAAGACUGCCACUUUUGAACCUAGACAUCUAUGUCCCUAGAGAUGAACGGUUUGGACACGUGAAGUUUUCAGAUUUUCUGGCCUAUGCACUGAAAUCCCUUGUCCAAGUCUUGCUUCCGGAGCUAAAAUCUUUAUGUGACAAAACCAUCAAUGAGUUUGACAAAUUUGAGGAUGUUCUUAGGCUCUAUGAAGGUGGGCUAAAGCUACCAAACGGGCAUACACUAGGUAAGAUUAGAGAACGCAUCCCGUGGGAGCUACUUAGAGAACUUGCCCGUUCGGAUGGGGAGCGAUUUCUUAAGUUCCCGAUUCCUGCUGUGAUCAAAGAGGACAAAUCUGCUUGGAGGACAGAUGAGGAGUUUGGACGCGAAAUGCUUGCUGGAGUGAACCCCGUCAUAAUCCGCCGCCUCCAAGAGUUUCCCCCAGUCAGCAAGCUAGACCCUGAAGUAUAUGGAAAGCAAAACAGCUCAAUAACAAAAGAGCAAAUAGAGAAGUACAUGAACGGCCUGACUGUUGACCAAGCAAUUGAAGAGAACAAGUUGUUCAUUCUGGAUCACCACGACGCGCUGAUGCCAUGCCUGAAACGAAUAAACUCGACCACCACAAAGACUUACGCGACGAGGACUCUCCUUCUGCUCCAAGAUGACGGGACGCUGAAGCCACUGGCCAUUGAGCUGAGCUUACCACAUCCACAAGGCGACAGUCACGGUGCUGUCAGCAAAGUUUUCACUCCGGCGGAAGAGGGCGUGGAGGGUACGAUUUGGCAACUGGCCAAAGCUUAUGCUGCCGUGAACGACUCUGGCUAUCAUCAGCUCAUUAGCCACUGGUUGAACACGCAUGCUGUGAUAGAACCGUUUAUUAUUGCAACAAAUAGACAGUUGAGUGUUGUUCACCCAAUAUACAAGCUUCUAGACCCUCAUUUCCGUGACACGAUGAACAUAAAUGCGUUGGCUAGGCAAAUACUCAUCAAUGCCGGCGGUGUCCUUGAGAGGACGGUCUUCCCGGCGACAUACGCCAUGGAAAUGUCUGCUGUGCUCUACAAGAACUGGGUGUUCACAGACCACGCACUGCCUACUGACCUCCUCAACAGAGGAGUGGCGAUCCCUGACCCCGGCAGCCCCCACGGCCUGAAACUCCUAAUCCCCGACUACCCCUACGCCGUCGACGGCCUCGAAAUCUGGUCCGCCAUCAAAACAUGGGUAACCGACUACAUCAGCCUUUACUAUCCCUCGGACUCCGCCGUCGCCGCCGACCCGGAGCUCCAGUUCUGGUGGACCGAGAUCCGCAAGGUCGGCCACGGCGACAAGAAGGACGAACCCUGGUGGCCCCAGAUGAGCACCAUCGCCGACCUCGUAAACUCCGCCACCACCAUCAUCUGGGUCGCCUCCGCCCUCCACGCCGCCGUCAACUUCGGGCAGUACCCCUACGCCGGGUUCCUCCCCAACCGCCCCACCGUCAGCCGCCGCUUCAUGCCGGAGCCGGGCACGCCGGAGUUCGCCGAGCUCGAGUCCGACCCCGACGCCGCCUUCUUGAAGACCAUCACGGCGCAGUUCCAGGCGCUGCUCGGCGUGUCGCUGAUCGAGAUCCUGUCGAGGCAUUCGACGGACGAGGUCUAUCUUGGCCAACGGGACACGCCGGAGUGGACCGACGAUGGGGAAGCCAUUGAAGCGUUUGAGAGGUUUGGCAAAAGGUUGGUGGAGAUUGAGGAGAGGAUUUUGGAGAGGAAUAGGGAUGAGAGGUUGAGGAACAGAGUGGGACCGGUGAAGGUUCCGUACACUCUGUUGUUUCCUGGUACCUCGGACUUUACGAGGGAGGGUGGGCUUACUGGGAAGGGUAUUCCCAAUAGUAUCUCCAUAUGAACAGUGUUUUUUAAUAUUUUUAAUGUAUAGUUUAUGUUGGAGAGUUGUAUGAACAGAAGAAGAAUUGUGUGUUUUACUUUCUUAUAACUUAUUCUUGGUUAUGUGAGCUCAGAAUGUAUGUUGUAUUUGU